AUGUCGAACUACACAAAAUUGGAUUUCGCGGUACUAGACAUUUCUGAAAGGAAUUAUUUGUCAUGGAUACUUGAUGUGGAAAUCCAUCUCGAUGCUAUGGAACUUGAAAACACAAUUACCGAUGGUAAUGACGCAUCCUCGAAGGAUCGUGCUAAAGCCAUGAUCUUCAUUCGGCACCAUCUCCACGAGGACCUGAAGUCUGAAUACCUUACAAUUACUGAAAAAGAUAUGUUGGAAAAGACUUUUUCCACUUUUUACGCCAACAAUUUGCUCCUGCAGCAGCAAUACAGAGAGCGUGGGUUUGAGAAAUACUCAGAUUUAAUUUCUUGCCUUCUGGUCGCUGAACAAAAUAAUGAACUAUUACUGAGAAAUCACGAGUCUCGUCCAACUGGUGCUCUACCAUUCCUUGAAGCGAAUAGAGUCUCUUUUCCGAGUAAUGGACAAGGUCGUUGUCAUGGACAGAGACGUGGUCGGGGUAGCCAUAACCACCAAGUUCGUGGAGGAUAUAUUCAAAAGUCAGGCAAGAAAUCGGAGUACCCCCAGAAGUGGAAUAAGUGGAAUAGGUCGGAAGUGUCCAAAAAAAAGGGCAAUAGGGUGCUGAAUAAAUCCUCUAAUAACUCUGAGAAUUCUUGCUACAGGCGCGGUGGGAAGGGUCAUUGGUCGCGUACCUGUCGUACGCCGAAGCAUUUGAUUGAGCUUUACCAAACAUCGCUCAAAGAAAAAGGAAAAGAAAUUGAAACAAACUUUACCGAUCAAAUUAGUCAGAACCAAGCUGUUGACCCUUUUGAACCCAUUGACAUUCCGUCUUUCGACAUUUCUGAGUACCUUGCAGGACCAAGUGGAACCAAAGAUGAUUUUAUUGGUGAUGGAGGUGACUAUUCUGAAUGGUCACAAAAAUAA